AUGGCUUUGAAGUCCCAGCCACGAAUCGUGGAUGAACUGGAUCGUUUAUAUAAGCCAGGGACAAAAUUGUUCUCACUUUGGUUCCCAAUCUUUUGGAACGCAUUUAAACCAUAUGGUCCAACGCCUAUGCUGAAUGCAUUGCAGAUAGCAACCUUGAACGGUCAUGAGCAGGAGGUUGAAUAUCUACUUGGGGUAGAUAAAAGCGAUAUUAAUCGAGGAGAUAGUACAUCGACACAUCCUAUUACGUGGGCAUCAUUUAACGGACACGACACGAUCGUACAGAUGCUGCUCGAGAAUGGAGCUGAUGUCACCGCCCAGGGUGGCAUUCACGGAAAUGCGCUCCAGGCUGCUUGUGAUAAGGGACAUAGCAAGAUCGCACAGAUGCUGCUCGAGAAUGGAGCCGAUGUCAAUGCCCAGGGUGGACACUACGGAAAUGCGCUCCAGGCUGCUUGUUCUGAAGGACACGAUAAGAUCGUACAGACCCUACUUGAGAGGGGAGCUGAUGUUAACGCCCAGGGUGGAUAUUACGGAAAUGCGCUCCAGGCUGCUUGUUAUGAUAGAGAUGACAAAGUGGUGCAGAUGCUACUUGAGCAAGGGGCGGAUGUCAACACCCAGGGUGGAGAUUACGGAAACGCGCUCCAGGCUGCUUACUCUAGAGGACACGACAAGAUCGUGCAGAUGCUACUAGAGAAAGGAGCUGAUUUCAUUGGCCAGGAUGGAGAUUAUGGAAAUACGCUCUAUGCUGCCUGUUCUAGAGGACACAACAAGGUCGUACAGAUACUGCUUAAGAGGGGAGCCGAUAUCAACGCCCAGGAUGGACAUUACGGAAAUACGCUCUAUACUGCUUGUUUUAAUGGACACCACAGAAUCGUCCAGAUGCUACUUGAGAAGGGAGCCAAUGUCAAUACCCAGGUUGGAUAUUACGCAAAUACGCUGCAGGCGGCUUGUUCUGGAGGACACGACAAGAUCGUAGAGAUACUACUUAAGAAUGGAGCCGAUGUCAACUGCCAGGGUGGAUAUUAUGGAAAUGCGCUCUAUGCUGCUUGCGAUAAGGGAUAUGGCAAGAUCGUACAGAUGCUGCUCGAGAAUAGAGCCGACAUCAAUGCUCAGGACGGAUAUUAUGGAAAUGCCCUCCAAGCUGCCUGUUAUAAUACGCACGAGAAGAUCGUACAGACCCUACUUGAGAGGGGAGCCGAUGUUAACUACCAGGGUGGCCAUUACGGAAAUGCGCUCCAGGCUGCUUGUUCUGGAGGACACGACAAGAUUGUACAGACCCUACUUGAGAGGGGAGCCAAUGUCAACUGCCAGGGUGGAUAUUAUGGAAAUGCGCUCUAUGCUGCUUGCGAUAAGGGAUAUGGCAAGAUUGUACAGAUGCUGCUUGAUAAUAGAGCCGAUGUUAACGCCCAGGAUGGCCUUCACAGAAAUACGCUCUAUGUUGUUUGUUCUUAA